AUGAAAGGUUGUCUUUGUAAAAUGACUAUCGACAGCUUGGACUCAGUUGUUCAUAUUAUCAGUCAACAUGUUGCGUUAUGCACAGAUAUAACUGAAAACAAUGUUUUGUUUUCAGGAAUAAUCGACAUCACCAAGAAGAGGCUUUCUAAACAAAUUAAAAAAGCCCUUGUUGAGGUGGAUCUUUGGAAAUCAGUUUCUAAACAACAACUGUGUAAAUUGCUAUGGGAUAAAAGAAUAAUUCAGGACUUGAGAAACUUUAUACGACAAAGACUCAUAUUAAAAGUUAUUCCACCAUACCCCUCUGAUCUUGAAGAAAAAUAUCUUUUGGAUUUUGAG